AAACUCAUUCAGCCAUUUAAUACCCAGUUUAAUGGCUUUUUCGUUAUAUCCCUUACUAAUAAAUUCACCUCGUUUACACAUAAUACCGCAAACACACAUUUUGAUUGGCUUAGAGACCAAUUUGUGACAUUCCAAUGAGUACUCGCGGUACCCAGAAAAGGUUGUGCAUCAGAACAUGCAGUGUUAGUUAUUCUCGCUGAAUGUGGUAGGCCAAGCUUCUUCGAGCAGAAGUGUGAAAAAUAUUUGAGUCAAAAAGACGAAAAGGGAAGUAAUGGCAAUGAAAUUUCAAGUUUUGCUCUGCGCAUUUGCGUUACUCCAGCUGUCUGUCGGUAAGUAAAAAUUGUAUCAAUUUCUACUGAAAUAAUUAAGUUUUAUGUUAACAUUUUCCUCAACAAGUGGCGUGCGAAGGCAUUCAAUAAGUCGACAUACGUGUGCAAUAACAGUUCCCUCCCUUUUUGGCGCAUUUCUGCCAGUUCUAUCGCCACUACAGCACUUCUCUCCUUUUACCAAGAGAAGUCUGAGAAGAUUUCCCCUUCCGGUUUGCUAUAAUCUGGAAGUCCAAAAAUCUGAGGGCCGCGGUGGCGACGAUCUUGUAUACAUAGCCAUCGUUUGCUCUGGGUAUACGAGAUUGCGGUGGAGAGAGGUCAGUACCAGUGGGCUAAACAGAUCACGCCAAAAACCCAAAGUGCCUGUUUAACCAGAGUCGCACGUCGGGUCUUUAAAAUUGAAGCCAUUUGGGUGUGGGUAUAGGCAGUAGACUAGGCGAACUUUUGAAGUCAAAGCGAGGGAACUGCGAUUAAAUUGUCUAACCUUUAUAUCCCUUUAACUGGUAUUUAUAACUUAUAUCCACAUGUGCAUAUUUAUUUUACAUGUCGUUUCUUCCCUCUAGGGGCGCAAAAUCUGAAUGAGGUGGAACAGAGUCCUGAACGAGAGAAGAAGAAUGUCCAGGAUGGCUGUAAGUGAAAUAUUUCAUUUUAUGCACCAUGGUGGCUGUGCUGUCUUCAUUAAGUACCAUUAAAGGUUUGCGCAUGCACUGUGUCGGGUACGGUGAUCCGUGAUCGUCUCCCGCGCGCGACUAGAACAGCACGCCACUUGAACAACACGACUAGAAAACCAUGCAACACGACUUGCAAGCAGUUAUUUGACUGGAGAUACUCCGUGUAACAUCAGGAAAAAAUUAAACCCCUAACUUCAACACGAGUUCCACCACAACCACCAGACGUUCUAUCGUUCAGGUUAAGAGAGUGUUCAAUGGUACGUUAGUAUUCAUGUUUACUUUUGAUCGGGUUUCCUAUUUUCAUCGCAGCUUGCCAGUGGGGAGUCAAGGUCUGGUACAAGCCUGGAAUAUCGGUGCGAUGUAAUUGUAUGAAAUGGUAAAUAUCUCAAAGUUUCCGCAUGUCCAUUCUAUAUCUGAGACGCAGGUUCCGCCUUCAUUCCGCUUCAUUUGUAUUUAAAAUGACUGCAUUCCGACAAGCCGUAGGCGUAGGUAGUCUAAUACGAUGACAGAGUACUUUUUCAAGGCAAAGAAUUGGAAAUCAUAUAGAAAAUAAUAUUGCAUUGAAAUUUCAAUAUAUCUUUUGUUUUUGUCAAGACUGUAAGAAGUAUAUAUAUAAUGUAUAUUUCAAUAACCGAGUUUCUCAGAUCAUUCCAUACUAAUAGUCACAUUGAGAACCAUCGUGUGUACUGUACCAUUAUUCAUUUGCCCAUUGUACCUUGCUUAAAUAACGAUCAGGAUUUCAUUCUUACCCCUGAGGGUUAAAUGCAAAGAUGAAUGGGAACUAUUUUAUUUUAAUUUCUGCUUUGUUAAAUUUAGUUCUCGCUUAGAGAUUAUCAUCUUUUCUUGUGCCUGUUGCACACAUGCAUGUGAUACAGUGAGAUGCUUUUGCUGAACUAGCAAAGCUGCCAUAUGUGUAUAUUUAUACUCAAGACCAAUCGGCCAGAAGAGUCAACUUAAAUUAAUGCUAUGUUAUAUUUGUGUAGUACUUGCGCCGAAGGAAAAUGGAAUUGUGAAUAUGCGUUUGAAUAUUGUCCACACUUUUGUAAGUAAUUGACACUUUAGAGGCACCUUGGAGUAGGGUUAAUGGAGAGGGUUCUAAGUACAUUUCUAGUUCUGUGCUUCCAGUCUAAUUGGUACAUGCAUGUGUUUAUUAGUUAAUUGUGUGUUUUAUACUAUAUGUUUAAGUAAGAGUUAUAUACUUUUAUAUCGUGCCAUUUUUUAAACCUACAGAAGAUUGAGUUGCACUCGAAAUGUUGUAAUUUAAUAAAAUAAUUAUUUGCUGAGCCUGUGCCUCGGUCUGAUUUACUGACACGCUUUAUUAAUUAUGAAAUCAUUGCAUUAUUUGUGAUAAGCACUUUAGUGAAGAGCAAGCUUAAAAACGACGGUCUAGUUAUCGUAUUUUAAACUUUCUGUAGCUUGUGGUGGCGAACAGUACUCUCCAAAUACCGAAGUCUGCUGCUGUGGCAAAGUGUAUACAAAGAAAAGCAACUACUCCUGUUGUGGCUAUUCCUACUACAACCGUCAAACCUCCAAAUGCUGCAACUACUACACAGUUUUACCGAAGGCUGCUAACUGCCCAAGAUACCAAAUCUAAGUUUGCCUCGACUAUCUUCAUGGAUGGAAUGAUCUCAGUUUGGGACCACAAGGGAACAUUAAAAAAACUCUUUUGAGUUAUCAAUAGUUCAACACUGCACUUAUUUAAUUCCAGCAAAAUAUCAAACUGAAUGUCUAUUGUAUUAAUUUGAUUUAAAUAAAUCUGUGAAAC